AUGUAUGAGUUGAAUGUUCAUAAGUGUGCUAAAUUCAGAACUUUCGAAAAUAAGGUAGAUACAAGACGGGCUUUAGUCUUCUUAAAAUUGUUGGAUAACAGUUGUCCAAGGGAGGAAGCAUUAAAAUUUUGUAAAAAAAGAAUCUGUCGGUUUGAUACUACCAAAAAAUUGGAAGGACCUCCAAAAUUUAGAUUGAUAAGAAAUGCUACAACCAGCAGAGGAUGGAUUUUUCCUGAGGAGAUUAAGUAUGAUCUAGGUAAAAAUUAUGAGAGACCAAAAACUGAAGAGGACAAAGCAUUUUAGAGAUUCUUUUAAUCUAAUAAAUUAAAAAUAGUGUAAGAGCAAUAACAGUAAGUUGAAGUCGUUAAUAAAUUUAUGAAAGAAAUUGAUGGAUAACUUAAUAUGAAAUAUAGUAAUUUGAAUGAAUUAAGGAGAAAGAUAUAAGAUGUAAGAAUUAAAUAAGAUGAGUAUAGAAAUACACCUGUAAAUUAUUUGAAAUUUGAAGGACAACGAUUUGUAUAAUUAUAUGAAGUAUUCAAAAAACAUUACGACAAUGAUUUAUUGGGUUUUGAAAAACAGUUCCCUGUAACAGUUUAAGAGAAAACAAAAAGAAACGAAGACUUUUUUGUAAAGGCAAAUAAAAAGCCUGAAACCAAUAAUCUAUAAAAGAAAUUUAUCAAAUUAUAAAAUGAAGGAGAAAUAAUUGCAAAGAUGACUUAAUCUGAAGGGAAUAAGGAUUAAGGCAUUUCAAUAAAAUCAUUAUAACAUAUAAAUGAUGUUAAGAACCUGGCCAUGGAAUUCAAUAAGACUCAAUAUGUAUUUGACGAUGAGAAAAUGAAGAAAAUAAAGAGAAACUCCUUACACUUUCUUAGAUUGAAUAAUAAACAUCUAAAAAGCACUCAAAGAGAUAUCAAAAUCGAAGAAUUUGAAGAAAAAUUAGAAAGAUUGAUAACAAGUAGAAUAGAUUCAAUUACUCGAAUUGGAGACCAAAACAAUGUGGAUUAUGAUCAAAUUAAUUCUUUAAAAUAAAAAACUGAAACUGCUAGGAAUAAAGAAUAUACAAAGAUAAGAUCUCAUUUCACUCCUAGAAUAGCCAAAUAAAAUGAUAGGGUAUAUACUACUUAAUAGUCAACAAGAAAAUAAUUUUUGUUAAGAAGCAAUCGAUCAUAGAAUUAAUUGUAAAAAAGUAAUUGA